UCUGCAGGCUCAGGCUUCCUCCAUCUGCAGAGCAGGAGCCCUCAGAGCAGACGCCAUGGCUUCCAUCCUCUCUGCUCUUCUCUGCCUCGGGCUGAGUCUGGGCCAGAGGAUCCACGUGCAGGCAGGGACCCUCCUCAAACCCACCAUGUGGGCUGAGCCAGCCUCUGUGAUGUCCUGGGGGAGCCCCGUGACCCUCUGGUGUCAGGGGACUUUGGAGUCCCAGCAGUUCUGUUUUGAGAAAGAGGGAAACACAUCACCCUGGUGCAUUGUGAAACCACUGCCUCUGGUGGACAAGGGCACGUUCAGCAUCACAAGCCUGACAGAGAGUGGUGUUGGGAGAUAUCGCUGUUACUAUUACAACCCUGCUGGCUGGUCAGAGCGCAGUGACCCCCUGGAGCUGGUGGUGAUGAUAGGAACCUACAGCAGACCCAGCCUCUCAGCCAGGCCCAGCCCUGUGGUGACCUCAGGAGGGAACAUGACCCUCAAGUGUGGCUCAUGGGAGGGGUUUGGCAGGUUCAUUCUGACUAAGGAAGGAGAUCACAGGCUCUCCUGGGCACUGGACUCACAGCCACACCUCAGUGGGCAGUCCCAGGCCCUGUUCCCUGUGGGCCCAGUCAACUCCAGCCACAGUUGGACAUUCAGAUGCUAUGGCUGUUACAGGGACAAGCCCCAUGUGUGCUCACAACCCAGUGACCCCCUGGAGCUCCUGGUCUCAGGGACCUUCCCCAAACCCACCCUCUGGGCUGAGCCAGGCCCUGUGAUCCCCCGGGGGAGCCCUGUGACCAUCUGGUGUGAGGGGACCCCAGGGGCUGAGGAGUACCGUCUGGAUAAAGAGAGAAGCCCAGCACCAUGGAAAAGAGAGAAGCUACUAAAACCCAGAGACAAGGUGAUGUUCUCCAUCCCAUCCAUGACAGAGCAUGAUGCAGGGAUAUUUCGCUGUUACUAUCGCAGCCCUGAUGGCUGGUCAGAGCGCAGUGACCCCCUGGAGCUGGUGAUGACAGGAUCUUACAGCAAACCCAGCCUCUCAGCCCUGCCCAGCCCUGUCCUGACCUCAGGAGGGAACGUGACCCUCCAGUGUAACUCAGGGCAGGGAUUUGGCAGGUUCAUUCUGACUAAGGAAGGAGACCACAGGCUCUCCUGGAACCUGGACUCACAGACAAAGCCCAGGGGGCAGUCCCAGGCCCUGUUCCUUGUGGGCCCCGUUACCCCCAGAAACAGGUGGACGUUCAGAUGCUAUGGCUCUUACAGGUACAGCCCCCAGGUGUGGUCACCAGCCAGUGACCCCCUGGAGCUCCUGAUCUCAGGUGAGUCUGCGAAGCCCUCCCUCCUGAGCCAGCAGGGCCCCAUCGUGGCCUCUGGACAGAGUCUGACCCUCCAGUGUCGCUCUGAUGUUGGCUAUGACAGAUUUGCUCUGCACAAGGAGGGGGGAUGGGACCUCCCCCAGAGCCUUGUCCUGCAGCCCCAGGCUGGGCUCUCUCAGGCCCACUUCCCCCUGAACACUGAGAGCAGCUCCCACGGGGGGCGGUACAGAUGCUACGGUGGAUACAACCUCUCCUCUGAGUGGUCAGCGGCCAGUGACCCCCUGGACAUCCUGGUGGCAGGACACCUGCCUGACAGACCCUCCCUCUCGGUGCAGCCAGGCCCCAGCGUGGCCUCAGGAGAGAACGUGACCCUGCUGUGUCAGUCACAGAGCCCAAGGAACACGUUCCUUCUGUCCAAGGAGGGGGCAUCAGAUGCCCCCCUGCGUCUGAGAUCAAAGUACCGAGCUCAGCAGUACCAGGCGGAGUUCCCCAUGAGUCCUGUGACCUCAGCCCACGGGGGCACCUACAGGUGCUACAGCUCACACAGCACCUCCCCCUUCCUGCUGUCACUCCCCAGUGAGCCCCUGGUGCUCCUGGUCUCAGGACCCUCUGGAGGCCCCAGUCUCCCACCCACAGGGCCCACUUCCACAGCUGGUCCCAAAUGGUACUGGAUAGCUGUCUUAGUGGGCUUGGUCCUGCUGCUCUCCCUUCUUCUCUUCCUCCUCCUCCGACAUCGGCGUCAGAGCAAAGGCAGGACCUCAGGGGAAUGUUUGGACAUGAAGGACAGACAAGCAGAAGAGAACAGACAGAAGGACAACCAGGCUGCAUCCAAUGCCCCCCAGGAUGUGACCUACGCGCAGCUGAACCUCUUGGCCCAUAGACAACAGACAAGUGCACCCCCAUCCUCCCCAUCAAAGGAGCCCUCAGAAGAGCCCAGUGUGUACGCUGCUCUAGCCAUCCACUAGCUCAGGAGGGACUCAGACCCCACACUCCAGGGAGGGGGCCUGCAGGGACCCCAGUAGGCAGGAAAGCUGCCACCAGUGACACUCAGCUAGUGUCCCAUGCACCGUGGAUACCUGAGGUGCCCCUGGGACUCUUGGGGAUUCAUCUUAUUCUAUAGUCAAAGAUAAGCCUAUAUCUCUACAUUUGGAAAUCAAGGCAACAGACUUCCCAAGAAUCAAUGUGUGAACAAACACAACUGAAUGUUUUAACUGGAAUUGUAAUGUAAAUAUGACACAUCAAACCUAUGGAAUAAUAAAAUUAAGAACCUUAAAAAAUCAAUGGCGUAAUCUAUCAUGUCAAGAAUUCAGAAAAACAAAAAAAACACAUUACAUUGAAUCUUUAGAUCCGUAGACAACUAGAUGAUAAAGAUGUGGCAUGUAUGCACAAUGGAAUAUAAACCAGCCAUAAAUAGAAUUAAAUCCUGCCAUUUUGGACCUGAGUGAAAUGAUUCAGACAAGGAAAGAUGUCACUUACCUCUGGGAUUUUUCACAUCCUCAAAGCAAAGGAAACAAAAGCAGACCCAUAGAAAUAAAUAACAAACUAAUGGUUGCCAGACAGGAGGGAAAGAAGGAUGGGUGAGAAGGGG